UUGACCAGCGUCGCAAGUGAGCGUCGCUCAUGCGCCCGGCAGAUCUCAGUCUUCCCUCGACUUGAUUUUUUUUUUUUUUUUUAAACACAACGACAAGGUUUUCUCAAGAGAAAACUACUUACACAACCUAAACAAGGAAUCUGUUCUUCUCCUGAGCCAAAAAGCGGUCGGUGAUGUCGCGAGACAUGUGGCAGCGGCGCGUUUGAUUUUCCUUGUCAUUUGUGUCUCCGCCGUGCAUAUUUUUCGGGAGGAAGGCUGAAAAUCAUCCUGAGACGUGAAGAGGCUGUCCACUAGAAGACAUUUGAGAGCUGGGCCGCAAACACCAUGUUGUCCUCGGACGAACCACUAGACCUGAAGCUUCCCUCAGGGCGGACGCGUUGUCCCCUCCGACUGGGAAAAAGAAGCUCAUCGUCCAUCUGCGCGCCGCUCGGCGCCCACUCGAGACCGCGGCUUAUUUACACCACGUACCCGUCGCCGCCCUCCUCGCCAGACUCCCAAUCCCCAUGUCACGAGCGCCCCGGACCCUGCUUCACCCCGCCAGCCAUGGACCUUAGCCUGUCACCUUCCUCCCGACAUGCACCCUCCCUAUCCCCCUCACCUUCGUCCCCUUCCCCUUCGUCCCCCUCAUCCCCCCGGAGCGGCGCUAGCCCUCGUCCACACCACUUCUCACAGGAGGCAGUGCUGCAAAGAGCGGAGAGUGACGCGUCCCCUCAGCGCUAUCCUUUUUAUCUGCCCAUCUCGAGCCCACCGCUGGGGUACGGCUUUCCGGCAUCUGUUUUCGGCGGCCAGAAGAGGGACAAGCAAGUUUCACCCGAGCCCUCAUUGGAUGCUCGGCUCGCGUGCCGCUGGAUUAAGUGCCACCUGCUGUUUGAAUCGCUGCAGGACUUGGUGGACCACAUCAACGACGCCCAUGUCAAACCGGAAAAGGAUUCGGGCUACUGCUGCAAGUGGCAGGGUUGCGCGCGCAACGGGCGGGGCUUCAACGCCAGGUAUAAAAUGCUGAUCCACAUCCGUACGCACACCAACGAGAAGCCGCAUCACUGUCCCACUUGCAACAAGAGUUUCUCCCGUCUAGAGAACCUGAAGAUCCACACGCGUUCACAUACAGGAGAGAAGCCGUACAUCUGCCCGUACGAAGGCUGCAGCAAACGCUACUCCAACUCCAGCGACCGCUUCAAGCACACCCGAACGCACUACGUGGACAAGCCCUACUGUUGUAAGAUGGCCGGCUGCCUGAAGCGCUACACAGACCCCAGCUCUUUACGCAAGCACAUCAAAGCGCACGGGCACUUUGUAAGUCAGGAGCCGGGCGUCGCCCCCAAGCCCAAGGUUGUGGCCGACCUCCCUUCCGCGGGGGGCACCCGGCUUGUGCACCCGGCGGCCGCCGCCGCGGCCCUACUGGGCGGCUUGGGGACCACGCUGCCCCUGUCGGCGUUGUGUCACCCCCGUGCGCCGCUCUUCUCCGUGGGAAGGGGACCCCUGGGUCCGCUCGGCCUGGCUGAUUCGCCACUUUUUCAUUUUGGACUUUCGGCAGCGUCUGUAUUGGGGCUGAGCGCUCUUGGGAGGCUGGCCGAGAGUGACGAGGGAGGCGCAGACGCUGAGGGGGAGGUAUUAAACCUGUCUGCGGGGACGCCCAGACUGAGGGAUCCACUGUCCUGGGUAGUUGUCCCACCGAGGGGGCUCCUGCUCAAACCAGCUGUUGUCAGCUAGGAUGGGCCUUUCUUCUCAUAAAUCAUAAGGGGCAUAUAGCUUGAGCUAUACAGUGCUUAACAAAAUGGUAAUUCUAUGCCAAAUCGCUAGAAUAUGGUGGCAAAUGUCAGGCAAUUUACAAAUUCCAAAUGCUUUGCUAAGGUAAAAAAAAAAACAAAAACAAAAAACACAAAAACUCAAAAUCUGCAACUCAAACACAAAAUGACCACAUGACAUGUAGAUUCACAACAGAAGAAGACUUAAAAUGGAAGCAGACUAACACCGGUAGUAGGCAGAGGUGAGUAGAGUAGCUCAAGAUAUUACUCAAGCAAAAGUAGUCAUCCAAAAGUAUUUAGUAAAAAUAAUACUCAAGUAAUGAGUAGGGCUGCAGUUAUUGAAUUUUUUAGUAGUUGAUUAAUCUAGAAAGACAGCGAAAACGAAAAUUGGUAUUUGGAAUGUGGCAAAAUGGAUUUUGCCAUGCGUUUUUUUUUUUUUUUUGGUACGUGGCAAAAUUGAUUUUGCCAUGUGGCAAAAUGUAUUUGGGCAUGUGGAAUUUUUUUGGUAUGUGGCAAAAUCAAUUUUGCCAUGUGGCAAAAUGUAUUUUGGUAUGUGGAAUUUUUUGGGAUUUGGAAAAAUGGAUUUUGGUAUGUGACAUUUUUCUUUUGGUAUGUGGCAUUUUUUUGGUAUGCGGCAAAAUAGAUUUUGGUAUGCGGCAUUUUUUUUGGGGUAUGCGGCAAAAUGGAUUUUGGUAUGUAGCAUUUUUUUUGGUAUGCGGCAAAAUGGAUUUUGGUAUGUGGCAUUUUUUGGGGUAUGCGGCAAAAUGGAAAUGGAAAACAUUUUGGCAUAUGGCAAGAAAAUGCCGCAUGCCCAAAUCCAUUUUGCCACAUACCAAAAAAAGCCACAUGGCAAAAAAAAAAAAAAAAAAAAAAAAAAAAAAACACCUAGCAAAAUCCAUUUUGCCAAAUACCCAGAAAAAUGCCACAUGGCAAAAUCAAUUUUGCCACAUACCAAAUACCAAUUUUCGUUCUCCGCCCUGCUGUUAAUCUAUCAACUAGUCAGUUCGAACAUUUAAUGUGUUGCAGAAUAAAUUUUAGGAGAUGUAAAACAAAGACUUGCUAAGAUUGCACUUUUCAAAAAAGCAUUAAAUGCAAACACAAAAUUCCCGAGUGUUUCUUCAAACUAUGCAAAAUUGCACUUUCAUUUUUAAAAUAAAAUACCUGAACUUACCCUUAAACAGUAUUAAGAAAAAAAUAAAUGAAGACCUAAGUACAACAAAGGAACAAUUGGCUACCUUGCACAGCAAUAGUCCGCUAGCUUAAAUGGUAUAUAAUGCUAACGUUUAUUUGUUACAAUACUCUUAACAAAUCAGUCAAACAUGUUCUCACAAAAACAGCCAAAUAUACUUAUAAACUAAAUUACGAAUGCAUAAAAAAAAACAUUAGCUUAUUUUGGUCUUAACGGGGAGCAGCUGGAUUCAGCUGUGUCAAAUGAGUUAAGUCAUAUUUACUGUUGCCACUAGAGGGCACCGUAUCCACCCAAAUCAAUCAAACUAAAUGCAAACACUUUCAAAACAAACUAUUAUAACGCCAUUUAGAUUAAACAAAUACUCGAAGCAGCAAGAUUCUAAGGUUUUUGUAAUCGAAUUACUCGAGUUAAUCGAUUAAUCAUUGCAGCACGAGUCAUGAGUAACAUUUGAGUAGCUGCUUACAAUUUCAGAAUUUUUUGUAAACAAUGCUACAUAUUUUUUUCUCAUUGAAAAUGGUUCAAAUUUUCACAACUAAUUCCUAGAUAUGGUAAGAAGAGACACACACAUUGAGAGUGUUUCGUGUGACGUAUUUGCAGAUUUAUGACAUUCAAACAUUUAUGACGUUUCUCUUAAAUUUGGCACGGAAUUGUCCAUUUAGGAAUUUAAGCUCAAUAGAUUUGUUAAGCACUGUAUGUCUAUGUAAACAGUCUUUACGAGGGAUGCAAACAUUCCAGUGUUCAAAGUGUUAAUAUAAUGAUUAUUUUGCACUUUUAUCAUACUUAAACUCUUUGCAUAGACAAACUAGAAACGGAGGAUGAGAGCUUUUGAAGAUUUUUUCAUCCUGACAUGUUGCAGCGGACAAUCAACAAGCCUUUCGCCAUUCGACAAGCCUCGCAGGCGCUUUCGCUGUUUUUAGAACCGAAAACGUAAAGUAAAAAGCGGAAUUGCAGGCGCAACGAGGAAACAAACUGUCAUUUACACGUGACUAACGACUAACCCUGUGGAGAUUAUUACUGUUCUACUAGGGGUGUAUCUAUUUUCAGGGAAAUUGCAAAGGAGCAGAAAAUGCUUCAAAGUAUAGUUUCAAUACCGCGACAUGUGCAUGUGUGGACUAAACUAUUGGGAUGGAUCAAAAGGUCGAAAAAAAUCAACUUCAUACAAAUUCCUAGAGAAAUUUUUCUACUGCUUUCAAUGUCCCAAUACUUUUGUCCAGGUUUUAUGCAUGUUUAAAAAUGUAAACUACGAGGUUCACGUAUCGUCGUACGUUUGAAACCGAGACUUUUUUGUGUGUGUCUGUUGUCGUUCUGGUCACAGUGUAAUGUUUGAAGGCACCAGAAUUGGCACAUUGCUGUAGUUUUCGAUCUAUAAGUCGCACCAGCCCAAAGAAAUACACAGUAACCCUAAUCUGGACAAAAACAUGUAUAAAUAUAUGUAUGAGGAAUUCAAAGAGCAAACAUUACUGUUAGAGUAAUAAUUUACACUGCUGGCCAAAAGUAUUGGCAUGCCUGCAAUUCCGUCAGAUAAUGCUCAAUUUCUCCCAGAAAAUGAUUGCAAUUAAACAAAUGCUUUGGUAGUAAUAUCUAGGGUUGUUCCGAUCAUGUUUUUUUUGCUCCCGAUCCGAUCACGAUCGUUUUAGUUUGAGUAUCUGCCGAUCCCGAUAUUUCCCGAUCCGAUUGCUUUUUUUUGCUCCUGAUUCAAUUCCAAUCAUUCCCGAUAAUUUUUCCCGAUUAUAUACAUUUUGGCAAUGCAUUAAGAAAAAAAUGAAUAAAACUCGGACGAAUAUAUACAUUCAACAUACAGUCAGUGGCGGUCCUGGCUACUUUCGCGCCCUGGGCGAACCACCCCAUCAGCCCCCCUACCGACAUCGAUCUUUUGUCUUGGUUUUUACGUUGUAUUGAUUUAAAUGUGAUUUUUAUGAUCUUCAUGUGAUGUAAAGCACUUUGAAUUGCCUUGUGUUGAAUUGUGCUAUAUAAAUAAAUUUGCCUUGCCUUGCCUUGCCUUGAGGAUUUAUUGUCAUAAUAAACAAAUACAGUACUUACGUAUGUUGAAUGUAUACUGUAUAUUCGUCAGACUUUUAUUCAUUUUUUUCUUAAUGCAUUGCCAAAAUGUAUAUGAUCGGGAAAAAUUAUCGGGAAUGAUUGGAAUUGAAUCGGGAGCAAAAAAAAAAAGCAAUCGGAUCAGGAAAUAUCGGAAUCGGCAGAUACUCAAACUAAAACGAUCGGAUCGGGAGCAAAAAAACAUGAUCGGAAAAACCCUAGAGCUAGUCUUUGAUAAUUCCCAUAAUUUAUCUCUCCUUUCUGUAACAACCCGUGUCUUCCUUGACUGACACCCUGAUCUGUUAAUAGACUUACUUUUUAAAGACUUACAAAAGUGCGACUUAUAGUCUGGAAAAUACGGUAAUCAUCCACUGACAAGGAUCUCCAUGGGGUCUGCUCAUAUUGUAGCUUUUCUACGAGUUACAUUGGAGACUUGUUUUACAGUUACAAGUACAAGAUAAACAUAGGAAGAAAUUUGUAGAAGAAAAAAACAAAAAAAAGUUCUAUGCUAUUUUUCUGACAACGGCUACAUGUAGCCCGUUUGUGUUUUGUUAUCUCAUAUUCAGUAUUUUUGAUGUUGCCCAAAUGUGCCUUGUGUUUUUGACCAAAAUGUAUCUCACACUAUCUGAAAAAAAUAUUAACGCUUUAAAAAAGUGUAUUUGUGUACUUUUGUAUUCCUGUAACGACCGACUACAUGUGACUUGUGCAUCUGAGUCGCUGAUGUUUUCCAAAUGACGUUGAUGUAAUGUCAAUAAAGACGAAUA